UCUCCAUCAGCUGGCCCAGCUCGCAGCAACUCCCUCACAGCUAAAGACGAUGGAAGAUGUGACAGAAAUCAUGACAGUCAUCGACCCUGUUGACUUUGGUGCUUUCUUUGACAUAGUCUCACCGGCCAUUGAGAUCCACCCAGACAACUACACAGUGGAGGUGAAAUCUGCCUUCCUCCAGGCAGUAUUUGACAGAGGCAAUCUAUCCUCUCCAGCUAUCAAUGACACAGAGUUCCUGCUGUGGCUCAGGGUUCGGCUGAGCCCUCUCCUGGUUAACCUCUCUCCCAGCCUGGUGACACCUUUAUUUGACAUCGCUGAGAACAGGAGUUGUAACAGCACACAAGAGAUGAUUACAUUGUUGGACACACAACACUUGACACUCAGCAACAACACCCAACGGGAGAUCUACGAAAGCACCCUCCUCUUCCUCCAAGGUCCAACGCCCCUCAAGUGUUACAGUGGUGGAAGCUUCUACAUCUAUCUGAGAAACACUUUCCUCAGCUUUGGUUUUCCAGAUUUGUCCACGUUCACGUCUCUUCUGCCACAGACACGCGAGUCAGAGCUCCUAAGUACCAUUAGCACCUCAGAGCUGCAACAGUUCCUCAGUCAACCCAAUGUGAUCGAUAACAACUCUGACAUCUGUGUCAUCUUCGACAACUACAACAACACUCCUGCCUUCCUAGAAACUGAGGAUGUUCCAGAUGAUGUGAAGAUGGUGACCCUUCCCUGUGUUUGGCCUUUGGCGCUGAGCAGCAACAGCAUGUCUGAGGUUGAUUCCUGGUUCGACCUGCGUUUGACAAAUUAUCUCAGAUUCCUCAGCAAGAGCCUCAUCAGCUCCGACGAAGUGCAAAAUGCUUCAUGUCUUGCCUUCCAGAAACUGGUCUCUGUAAUGGGAAAUAACUUCACAUACAAUAACUCAGAGUUUGGAAAGGGUGAUGUAUACACCACCAUCAGCACCUACUUGAGAACUGGCCCUGACGCCAGAUGUUACAAUGCCAGUGAUGCAGAACUCAAUUCUACUGCCUGGUUUGCUAAUUACAUUGGCAGCUUUGUGACAUUUAUCACUGUGGAUGAUCUCACCACCUUCACCUCCACCAGUCAAGCUGAAGUGUUCUUGGUGGACCAAGCCAACCUGGAGCUCUUUAACAACACAGCACUCGCAGAAGAUGUAACCGACUACUACAUCUCACAGCUUUUUGAAUUCAACCCAUCCUUCAACCUUCUGAAGGUUCCAGGCUUUUUCCUCUGCUCUCCUGAGGUCCCAAUUUUUGCAUAUUCUUCUGUGAAUGAAGCUGAUGUCAUGCUCAUCUUGCAUGAGCUGACUGAAUUCUGCAACGGAACAGCGGAUCCUGAGGUAUCUGCUGCUCUGGCAGCCAACAUCCAGACACUCUCAGCAGAGACGUUUGCGACCCUGGGCAGUGCCAGCGCAGGCCUGACCAGCAGCCAGAUCACUUCAGUUGACCCGUCAGUGCUGGUUUCCUCUUUGUCCACCCUGAGCUCCAUCAGCACCUGGAACCAGCAGCAGGCCACCACAAUCAUCCAAGUCAUGACUGCCUCAGGCAGCUUCCUGAUCAACAGUGGAUCCUCCCUGGAAUCCCUCGGCACACUUAUUGCUGGAGUUCCUUCACAGUCAAUUGACAACAUCCCAGCGUCUGAGCUAUUCAGCCUCUCCCAGAGCAGUGCUUUUGUUUCCAACAUGCUGGCCGCCCCAACAGUCGUCCAACAGACCUUCGUCCAAAAGAUCAUUUCUGUGAACUCAAAUGCAGCCAGUGUGGUGCAGAAUGUCCCCGAUGCCAUGGCAACUGGGAUUCCACUGUCCCUGCUGGACCUCUCAGCGGGGACUGUUGACAUCAGUGUGCUUAACGCAAAGACAUGGACUGGAGAUCAGGCCGCCAUGUUUUUUGGGACACUGGCUGAAACCAACUUUGACAUUGAGCAGCUUAAUCCGUCUGUUCUGCAAGGCUUCACGUGCACGUCAGUUCAAAGAAUGACAAAAAACAGGAUCCGGAGGCUGAUCCGUGCCUGUAGGCCGAGGAAAGGCAGGGCCAAGGUGCAGCUGAAGGAAUCACAGCUGACAUGCAUGUUAGGCCAGUUCAAUGGAAACAUCUCCCAGGAUUUCACAGAUUAUCCCUCAGACAUGCUUCUCUACUUAAACAACAAAGAUGUCAAGAGUGCCAACUGCAGGUCAUACUUUUCUGCAGUUGGCGCUGCAGACUUCUCUGUAGCCUCCAGUAUUUUGAACAAGGACUCGCUGCUACUCAGUGAAGCCAUUACCUGCUUGGGUUUAAGUGAUGUGAAUCUGAGCAAAGACAACGUGGAAGUUCUGGGGAACAUGGCCUGCACCCUGAACAGUUCUUACAUUCAGAACGCUGAUCCUCUCAUUCUGGAAAAACUCCAAGCCUGCAAGGACUUCUCUGACAGCCAGGUGGCUGCCAUUGAGACGCUGCUGCUGUCUGGGAAAACACAAUACGGAAAUGUCAGCACCUGGAACAAGCGAACACUGGAUAACCUUGGGAUCCUGCCUCUAUAUUUAACAAGACAAAUCUGGGGCCAGUUAAAAACAUCAACAAAGAGACGUUUCCUCAAGACUUUUAUGUACAAACUGAGGAAAACAAAGACAAAGAAGAGCAAGCUCAAGGUGCUGUUUCGAGAGAUCAGCGCUCUCAGGACGAAACGAGGAGCAGGCUGCACCGUGGGCAACAUCACCCAGGUGACAGUCAGCGACAAUUCCUUCCCCUUUGGCUAUGACCAGACGCAAUUUGACCUUUGCCUGGACAUCCCUGUUCUGAAGGAGAACCUCAACUCUAUCUGCGAGAAAGUGGACGCUGAAGACUUUCAGAAAAUCAUUCUGAAGAAACUCAAUCAGGCAUACCCAUCGGGUGUUUCUGAUGGGGAAGUUCAGGUGCUUGGUUCAGUGUCUCGUGUGGCGUCGCUGGAUGACAUCUCCAAGUGGAGCAUCACCAAACCUGACACCCUGGCAGCACUCAUGAAAGCUAGUGAUGGAUCAUGGGAGGCAGCUAAGAGCAAAGCAAUCAUCACCGAGUAUCUGAGUACUUCUGGGAACUCCCUGGGCAGCACUGAGCUGAACAGUAUUGACUCCAACCUGUGCUCAUUAGACACCAGUACAGUGAGCACCAUCACCCCAGACAGUAUCAGAAAUGUCAAACCUCUGGAUGUGGCGUCGUGUUCAUUGGCGCAGAAGAGAGUCCUGUAUGAGAUCAGUAACUCCUCCUUCAGCUCGCAGCGUUCCAAUUCCAUUACCUUUUACAAUUUAAUGAAGUCCUACCUAGGUGGGGCACCUCUGCAGGAUUUAGUACCACUGUCAACCCGGAACAUCAACAUGGACGUUAACACUUUCCAGAGUCUAGAUCCCAACGUGAUCAAUAAUUUGACUGUGACCGAUGUGAAAGGCCUCAUGGGUAGCCAAAAACAAGAUCUGAAGUUGUUUGAGAAUGCUAGCAGGGUUGAGACCUGGAGAAACUUGCAAACGCAGCGAGACCUGGACACACUGGAUGUGGGCCUAACCACCAUCAGAAUCGACCCGACCACUGCAACACCACCGGUGACAACAACACCAGCUGCAACCCCGGACACUACAGUGGCAACAACACCAGCUGUAACCCCAGCCACUACAGUGACAACAACACCAGCUACAACCCCAGCCACUACAGUGGCAACAACACCAGCUACAACCCCAGCCACUACAGUGGCAACAACACCAGCUACAACCCCAGCCACUACAGUGGCAACAACACCAGCUACAACCCUGGCCACAGUGACAACACCAGCUACAACCCCAGCCACUACAGUGGCAACAACACCAGCUACAACCCCGGCCACUGCAGUGACAUCACCAGCUACAACCCCGGCCACUAUAGUGACAACAACACCAGCUACAACCCUGGCCACUACAGUGGCAACAACACCAGCAACAACCCCGGCCACUACAGUGACAUCACCAGCUACAACCCCGGCCACUACAGUGACAUCACCAGCUACAACCCCGGCCACUACAGUGACAUCACCAGCUACAACCCCGGCCACUACAGUGGCAACAACACCAGCUACAACCCCGGCCACUGCAGUGACAUCACCAGCUACAACCCCGGCCACUACAGUGGCAACAACAACAGCUACAACCCCGGCCACCGCAGUGACAUCACCAGCUACAACCCCGGCCACUACAGUGACAACACCAGCUACAACCCCAGCCACUACAGUGGCAACAACACCAGCUACAACCCCGGCCACUGCAGUGACAUCACCAGCUACAACCCCGGCCACCACAGUGACAACAACACCAGCUACAACCCUGGCCACUACAGUGGCAACAACACCAGCAACAACCCCGGCCACUACAGUGACAUCACCAGCUACAACCCCGGCCACUACAGUGACAUCACCAGCUACAACCCCGGCCACUACAGUGACAUCACCAGCUACAACCCCGGCCACUACAGUGACAUCACCAGCUACAACCCCGGCCACUACAGUGGCAACAACACCAGCUACAACCCCGGCCACUGCAGUGACAUCACCAGCUACAACCCCGGCCACUACAGUGACAACACCAGCUACAACCCCAGCCACUGCAGUGACAACACCAGCUACAACCCCGGCCACUGCAGUGACAACACCAGCUACAACCCCGGCCACUACAGUGACAACACCAGCUACAACCCCGGCCACUACAGUGACAACACCAGCUACAACCCCGUCCACUGCAGUGACAACAACACCAGCUACAACCCCGGCCACUACAGUGACAACACCAGCUGCAACCCCAGCCACUACAGUGACAACACCAGCUGCAACACCGUCCACUACAGUGACAACAACACCAGCUGCAACCCCGGGCACUACAUUGACAACAACACCAGCUGCAACCCUUACCACUACAGUGACAACAACAGCGAAUGCCACAAGUGGGGGAGCACUGCUUUCAAAACACCCAACAUCCAUACUCGUGGCUGCUCUGCUGACAAUUGUUCUGCAAAUACUACAACAACUAGCCUAAAUAGAUUUGUGACUUACUAAUCAUACUAAUCAAUAAUCAGUAACUAUUAAAUCAUUUUUUUCAUUAACACUCACAUUUUAAAAGACUGAGAUUUGUUAAUAUUAUUGCUAGUUAUUUAUCCAUGCCUAAAGAAAAUUGCCUCAUUGCAACUGAUUGUAAAAACUAUAUGUUAGUGAACAAUCACAGGAAUUAAAAUAUUACAUAAUAAAUAUAAAUAAUAUAUGUUUUAAGUGGUGAUCUGGGUUAUACUCUACAUGCUGGGAUUUUGAAAUUAAAGUCCGGGGAAAGUAAAAUCAGAGAUUUGUUUCUGAUCACAUUACAUGUUAGUGCCCUCAGGUUGGGGCUCAUUCACAUGAAUGGAGGAACGGAAAUAACUCUGGAUUUGGCUGUUAGUGCAUUUUACAACAUUUAGGACCUAAUGAUUUAAAUAAGGGCUAUUCAAGUGUUCGUACUGGGAAGUCGAUUAACCUAAAAAAAUAAUAAUGAUGUGCUGAGUUACAGACGUCUCUUUCCCUAUGUAAGUCUAUGGGAAAAGUAUUUUUGGGCCCAAUGGCAUUACUUGUCUCUCUUCCCAAAGGCUUGGGACACACCCCAGCAUUUCAGAGCAGAAUACUGCUUAUUUUUUCACAACUUUAAAACCUAAUUUUAAAUAUUUGGCAAUUUUUUUAAUCAUCCAAAUUUGGCUGGGUGGUUAAUAACACAUUUUGCUGUAGUGUGACAAACUCAGAACACAUAUUUAUUUUUGCUUUACCCGGACUUUAAGCACUGUUAAUUUUAACAUUUAUGUUCAAUCAUUAUUAAAAGAUAAAGUGAAGGAAAAAUAAAUCUCUCAAAAUUACUGUGCUAUCUAUUAAUGUAAUUAAACUGCACUGCUAUUCCUCAAAUUAAUAAAUGCAUAUCAAUACCAUC